UGCUUAAGGGGUCCCGUUCACAGAGGCUGCAGGAUAGAGCCAGGCAGCUCUAUCACAUGCUGUGGAUGUGCCCAAGCAGAUGGUCCCAGUGGCUACACUAAAGUCAUCUAGGUGAUCCACGGGGGCCCCUGGGACGACUGGGCCUGGCCCAAGAUGUGUCCUGGUGGAUUCUUCACCAGUGGGUUCUCCAUCAAGAUCUCCCCGGCCCAAGGCCUUCCUGGCGCCUAUACAGCAAUGAAUGGCAUCAGUCUGCACUGCGCCCCUGGGAAUGCGACGCGCAACAUUCGCGCAGUGGAGUCCCAGUCUGGAAGAGGGGGCGGGGCCAAGGAUCCCCUGGGGUGGGGCGUGUGGAGCUGGCCGCUGUGGUGUCCCGAAGGCGGCUUCCUCGUGGCAUUCUCCCUUCGGGAGCCCCAUGAACCCUCGGACAACGCGGCUGCGAACAGCGUGCGUUUCCGCUGCUCGGCAAGCACGGAGCUGGCAGGGCCAGGGCUGGCGAUAGGCUUUGGAGGCUGGAGUUAGCCAUGUGCCAAAGGCAUAUGCGGCUUGCAGAUCGAGAUCGAGCGGCCUAGAGGACUCCGCGAUAACGCCGAGGUUAACGACGUGCGUUUUUUUCUGGCGCCGCAGCUGACACCCUCGCCCUGUCCCCGGCCCCACUUCCGGAUUGUCCCACGACCCGCGAUUAAAGCUUCUCUGCCCUUCGCUUUGGUCUCACUUGAUUUAGGGGAAGGAAACUGCCUCUCCUAA